AUCCAGUACCAAAGGGUUCGAAGUUCUAUGCACCGUGUUGACACAGCUGGUGUUGUGUCAAGGAUGGUUUCCUUGGGAUGCAUUGCUCGACGUGCUUAUUCCGUCCCAGGACCACAGUCUCUAAUGCAUAUUGACACAAACCAUAAACUGAUACGCUAUAACAUUGUGAUCUUUGGAGGUAUUGAUGGCUUUUCUCGUAAGAUUAUGUAUCUCGGUGCUGCUUCCAACAAUCUGGCAUCAACAACACUGGCAUUCUUCCAAAAAUCAGUCGAGAAGUUUGGUUUUCCUCUCAGGGUUCGUGGCGACCACGGAGGGGAAAAUGUGGAGGUUGCACGGCUGAUGUUUACUGUUCGUGGCACAGGAAGAGGCAGUUUUAUUUCAGGAAAGAGUGUACACAAUCAAAGAAUAGAGCGACUGUGGAGAGACCUCUGGGUGGCCGUUACAAGCAUCUACUACGAUGUUCUUCACAACCUUGAGGAAGAGGGCCUUCUGGACAUUUCAAAUGCUGCACACCUCUUUUGCUGCCAUUAUGUCUUUCUUCCUCGACUGGAGGAUGAUUUGAAUACAUUUUGCAGUGGAUGGGACAACCAUCCACUGCGAACAGAAAACAACAUGAGUCCCAACCAGCUGUGGGAGUUGGGUCACAGAUAUCACCCUGUUGCAGUUCCAGAAAACACACAGGGCUUCCAGAUUCCAGACAUUGACUGGGAGGACAGUGGCCUAGCUUGCCAUAACCAUUCAAGUGUUGUUGUUCCGAACACUGACUGCCCAUUGACAGAAGAACAAAUGACAACUUUACAGGGCGUUGUUAAUCCAAGAGCGGCAUCCCAGUCCUUUGGUGCUGACGUCUACAUCAUGGCUGUUCAGUUUUGUCAGCAAUUCAUUUAGGAUAGAAAAGCUACAUACAGUUGCAGGAAAAACAUCUUGAAAUGUAAUCUGAUCUUGAUCACAGUGUGCUUAAACUAAACCAACAGAAAGAAUUUCCAUGGUGUUUUCAAUAACAUAAUUGCAUGGUUUCACUUUAAGCAGUUCUGAUUAUUGUUGUGACUUUGAAGA